CCCCUGUUACGUGGCGGGGCACUGAACGGGGUAUAAAUAUAAUGCAUCGAUGGCUUGUUAGACGAGUCUUGUGAGAUAGUGGCGCUGGUGUUUCGUAAAUAGUAUCCCUGAGACUGCGUGGGUACUAGUUCUGCAGGAUUAUUCAGUCUGAUUGUUUGUCGGGUUAUCAGUAUUACACAAUUUCACCGAUACCUGGGUUUCUGUUUUUACCAGCAACCAUAUUUAAGCAUUUGCCACUGUGUGCGCGACAAGUUUCAUCCACGGCGAAAUUUCACGGAGCCCUUCGAAAAACGCGCAUAUGCAUCUCUUACAACACUAUAAAUUGGUUUGCCACCGACCUCUGUUUCGCCGGCUUCUUUUUUCUUGUUAAUUUCAUUAAUUGAAACCACCACCCUGACACCAAUACAAUAUGCUCUUAGGAUUAUCAGAUUAUGCCCAGGUGUCCAGAAACUUCUGCCCGCCCAAACCCUCUUUCUUGCCAGAGGACUACCCGUCUUUGGCCGGCAAGGUGGUGAUUGUCACCGGUGGUAACUCUGGUGUGGGAUUCGAGGCUGUCAAACUCUUGGGUGCGGCCGGUGCCAAGGUUUACAUCUUUUCCAGAAAUGAAGCUAAUACGCUCCAGGCGAUCGAGGACGCCAAGAAGGCGGUCAAGGACAUUGAUGUUCACUUUGUAAAGGUUGAUUUGAGCGACUUGACCACCAUCAAGCCUGCAGCUGAGGCAUUUUUGGCACGCGAAUCUAGAUUGGAUAUUGUGAUCCACAAUGCCGGUGUGAUGGUCCCACCAGUGGGUUCCACCUCCGCUCAAGGUUAUGAGUUGCAGUUAGGUACCAACGUUAUCGGUCCGUUUGCGUUACAGAAGCUCUUGACUCCUGUGAUGUAUGAGACGGUGGAGAAGUUUAGCACAGCUAACGAAUCCAGAAUUGUCUGGGUCACUUCCUCUGGCCAUGCACUUUUUUCACCAAAGCACGGUGUCAACUUGGACAACUUGAACGACUUGACUGCGGGCGAAAUGACCAACUAUGGACAAUCCAAGGCUGGUAUGGUGAUUACUGCAGCCCAGUGGGCUAAGCAAAACCCGAAGGAGGCAUCCAAGAUUGUCACCAUCUCGGUCGAUCCGGGUAACUUGGAAACCAACUUGCUGAGACACCUGUCCCUGUUUGCUAGGAAGCUUUCACCGUAUAUCUUGUUCCCUGCUAUCAACGGUGCGUAUUCCGAGUUAUUUGCCGCCUUGUCGCCAACCAUCACCACCGCCAACAACGGUGGGUACAUUAUUCCGUGGGGCAGAGUCGGUAGAAUCAGAGGUGACGUUGCCGAGUCUGCCAACAAUGAGAUUGGCGAAAAGUUCUACAAGUACUUGGAGGAUGAGACAGCCAAGUAUUUGUAGAGUGAUAUCUUUUCUGUAUAUAGCUUAUUUGAUUUUAGUUGCAUUAUUGUAGGUAAUGGCCGGUAGGAAACUUGCCUUCGUCUAUACUAUAGAUUGUGUGUGACGUGGUCAACGAAUGUUAGUUGGAUAGAUAUAUA